AUGAUUGUUGUUGGCGUAACUAAGGCAGUCAGCAACAGCUUCGGCAAAGGAGGUAUCGCAGACCGCAUGAUAUGGUUUAACGGUUUCCCAUUCCUUGACAGCAAAGAAGACCACAUCUUUAACGUCCCGGUCUCCCAUGCCAUGACCAACAAACCCGCAGUGCUUCCGGCAACCGACUUUCCCGUAUCAAAAGCCGAGAAACUUCUGCGGCAACACAAAUACAAAGGCUUUCCGAUAGUUGAAGAUGCUAUCAACAAAGUCGUCAUUGGCUUUAUUGGCAGGACAGAGCUCCAAUAUGCCAUCAAUCGUGCAAAACAAGAAGGCCUCCUUUCCCCCAACGCCAAAUGUCGCUUCACCACCACACCCUCCUUUACUUCCUAUCGCCAGCGUGGCAGCAUUCCGUCCUCAAACUCCGUAACCCUCCCGGUACCCUCGCCCAAUCUGCAAACCUUCGGGUCCAAGCCCUCCUCUUCAUCCAGAUCUGAAGACAGCCCUUACAAUUCUGAUUUCAGCCAUGAUGAUCAGGCGCCUUCCCGUACCUUUGACGACAUCGCCAUCUCAACCGGUUUCCGCUCCAUAGACUUCAGCCCGUACGUUGACCCCGCGCCGAUAACCGUUCACCCACGCCUGCCACUGGAGACGGUUAUGGAGAUCUUCAAGAAAAUGGGCCCGAGGGUGAUUCUCGUCGAGCAUCGUGGGCGCCUAUCCGGUCUCGUCACGGUUAAGGAUUGCUUGAAGUAUCAGUUCAAGGUUGAGGCUCAGGAGCAUAUUGAUGGCUCCGGUGACGAUGGUCAUAGUCACAGCCAGGGUCAUGGUGGGAACGGCGGGCUUGGAGAGGGGAUUGUUGAGAAAAAGGCUUGGGAGUUUAUUCAGUGGGCGACGAACAAGGUGGCGUUUUGGAGGAGGAUGGGGGAAACGGGGAUGCCGAGCUUUCUUAGGUUGGGGUCCUCGGAAGGGGACGGAGAAUGGCAUGCACGUAGACGGGGAGGUGAGCAUGAGCGUAGCGAGUGGGACGGGCAAUUGUUAUCGUCGAUAACUUCAUCAGGUAUUGUGGAGGGGACUGAGGAAUUGGAUGAGAGGAAUGAUUAG